GAUUAACAGGCGUUGUUAAAUGUUAGUACAUCAUUAUGUAAAUACAGACAGCAUAUAGCAUGGGUCAAACUGUGCUAGUGUUAAUAAAUAUGCAUCGAUGCUUCUGUUUUGAAACGUCCGAACCGGAAGAGCUUCAGUACUUCCGGUUUCCUGUGAAGGUGUCAGAUGUCAAAACAGAGCAGCAGCAGCAGCAGGAAGCAGAGAGGAGCUGACAGAGCAGGGAACCACACGAAGCCAUGGAGGUGACGGAGGAGGAGCGGCGGCAGGUGGAGGAGCAGGUUGAGAGGCUGCUGAGCGGUCAGGGGUCAGAGGUCACCGGGUGUGACGUGGCUCUGGACCAGAGCAAACCAGCCACUCUGAGGAAGACCGUCACCUUCAUCGUCUGCGCCGUCAUCUUCAACGACAAGGAGGAGGUGCUGAUGGUGCAGGAGGCGAAGCAGGACUGUUAUAAGCAGUGGUACCUGCCUGCAGGGAGGGUGGAGGUGGGGGAGAGCCUGGAGGAGGCGCUGAGGAGGGAGGUGAAGGAGGAGGCGGGGUUUGACUGUGAUCCAAUCACCUUGCUGCUGAUCCAGGAGCAGGGACCACAGUGGAUCCGCUUCAUCUUCCUGGCCCGCAUCACAGGUGGAACCAUGAAGAGUCUGUCGGCAGCAGAUCAGGAGUCUCUUCAGGCCGCCUGGUGGGACAGACAGUCUGUCCUCCCUCUGAGAGGACGAGACAUCCUCCGUCUCAUCGAAUGUGGACUCAAGUACCGUAAGACUCCCUGGCAUCCUGUCACAUUACCUGUAGACCUGAGCUGCCGUCACGUGCUGCAGAGACUCGUCCUGGUCUUCACCAACGCUCAAGAGCAGGUCUGGAUCCUGCUCAUCAAAGCCCCGGCGCUCCACCUCCCCACGGCGGCGGCGGUGAAGACCCACGCGGUGACGUGGGCGGCCAACAUGGUGGUGCAGGAAGCCAUGCCGUCGUCGUACUACGACCACGAUGUCAACACGCUGGGCGUCUUCAGCCUGCAGCACAACGGCCGGCAGCACGGCGAGACCGACGGCGUCUGCUUCAACACGCUGGUGGCGUUGACGCCCGACCGCGUCCAACGCAACGAGGACGGAGAGAAGGUGGAGUGGACGGGGACGGGAGAGCCGCCUCCCGUAGAAAACCCUCGAUACGUCUGGUUUAAAGUCCAGAAACAAACACUGAAACAGAAACUCAUGGAAAUGACCAAAAACACUUCGAUCUUACCGAUUCACAGCCUGUACUGACCGACAGCAGAGUCUCAUAAACUGUUAAAGAACAUAAUUCUAUUUAUCAGCUGAUUAAAGGAACAGUUUACAGUU